AGUAGCCAGACAGUUAGUUAGUUAGCUAGCUAGCUAGAGAAACUGACAACUGUAACGUUAGGUACUAAAACAUAACAACAUGGCACAGGUUUCGUUAUGGAAAGUCUCUCAUAAAAGAUCUCAUCACCUGCAUGUCUAACAAAUGCCAAUGAGAUUACGUUUAGUUAGCUAAAUAGCUAGCUGCCUAGUUUUGCUGACAUGAAUGAAUAGCUAGCUUGUGAAGUUGUCUCUAGCUGUUCCAACGACAGAAAAUCCAAAUAAAUGCCUUGUCAGCAAAUAACAUACAUAAUUAUCCGUAGCUAGCAGACAAACAUCUGGAUGGCUAGCUAGAUAACUAACGUUAGCUAAUGUUUGUGUCGCCUGUCGUGUCAGUCAGGUAACACUCAUCAUGAGAAUAAACGAAGAUACCUUACUGGAGGGGAAACACGUCGUACUGGUGCCUUACAACGCAGAUCAUGUACCCAGGUAGGAAAUAAAUAGGAAUUAUAUCAAUUCACUGUCAUUGAUUGUCCCGCUGUAAUUGCUUAUUCUUAUCGUGAAAUCACGUAUUCAUUGUGUGUUUGUUUUGUUGCAGCCUAUAAAAAGAUUACGUUCUGUUGUUGCAGACUGUAGUAAUUAGCAGUAGUUUAUUGUAUAGGCUUGCACUUAUACAGUAUUUACCUGCGUCUGUUUUUCACCAUUUACCUUUUAUCUACCGGUUCUCACCUGUCCCCUGUCUGUGUGGUUGCAGGUACUACCCGUGGAUCAGCUCUCCUGAGCUGACCACAUCUGUACCUGUCUGUAUCUACCUGUCCCUUUCUCCACCCGUGACCUGUGCAUGUAUCUAUCUACCUCUCCAUGACAGGUACCACCAGUGGAUGGGCUGUCCUGAGCUGCAGCAGCUGACUGCAUCUGAGCCGCUGACUCUGGAGCAGGAGUAUGACAUGCAGAGGAGCUGGAGGGAGGAUGAUGACAGUGAGCCUUCGUCAUACAACAUACACACACACACACACACACACACACUGUGGUGUUUCAAGGGGCUCUUUGGGAUGGUCUCUACACUUUAACACCUUCAUUGUGGUCUCGCUCGCUCGCUCUCUCUCAUGAAUGUUUCAUGUCAUGUAGGGUCUUGACCCAAUAAAGGGGAUUUUAAAAUACAAUUAUUUAGUUUCUUGUCUUUCUGUUUUGAUUCCCAAACUCUGUUUUUCAGAGUGCACCUUCAUCAUCCUGGAUAAACAACGGUGGGCGGACCCUGCUGUACAGGAAGAGCAGUGCAUGGUGGGAGAUGUCAACAUCUUCCUGACGGACCCCAGUGACUCCUCCCUCGCCGAGCUGGAGAUCAUGAUCGCAGGUCACACACACCUAAAACACCUAGAAUAAAUGUGUAAUAAACAUGCUACACAAUUCCACCCAUUCCUUGUUGGUACUCAGUUGGUCAAUUAAUGUCAUUGGUCAGACACUCCUGGUUUUUCUAUCAGUCACACAGCUUUUGCAUGUCCUCUGUAGAGCCCAGUUACAGAGGCAAAGGCCUGGGAAAAGAGGUCACACGGAUGAUGAUCUGCUACGGUACGUACAGAGAUAUUUCACUAUGACAGACAUUUAGAUUAAUAUUGAGAUUUUAAAACGUUGGGAAUUUAGAAUCAGGGUUUUAGAACACUGUGAUCGUGCUGCCAUAGUAACAGCUGUGCUGUGUUUCGUUGUCAGGGGUGACCAAACUGGGGAUCCGGAAGUUUGAGGCGAAGAUCGGUCUGGACAACAAAGUCAGCAUCGCCAUGUUCAAAAGGUUCCACUUCCACGAGGUAAGCAGGGUUUUAUAUGUGGUGUUAAUCACAUCCCUUACUAGGGGAAACCUUUAUAAACGACUGCAAUAUGUUGGUCAUCCUUACUUUAGUUAUUUAAAGAGGGAUUAUUAUUGCUCUGUAUUUCAGUUCAGUUUCCCCAACUCAAAGGCUACGUUGAACACUGAAAUUGUUCGUGUAUUUAUUGUAUAUGCAGUCAGAAUACCUAAUUUCACUAGGUCUUUUCCAAAGUAUGAUACUCUUGUAGUUGUAUAUUCACCCUAACCCCUAGCCCUUGACUCCUGCAGCUGUCAGUGAGCGAGGUGUUCAGGGAGGUGACCCUGGGCAUGACGGUGGACCAGGCGGUGCGGACCCGGCUGCUGGGGGACAUGGCCUUCAUGCAGGAGAGAGAGUACAGGAAGGACCGGGACAGCCGGCAGGAAGUGACAUCGUCACACGCCGCCCUGUGAAACACUGCUGCUACCGAUUCGCUACCCUCCUCCUUCCCGAAGUGUGCGUUCAUUCACUCCUCCCUCAUGCAUUUAGAAAGCAUUGGAUGGGUGUAAUCAUGGGCUAGACUAGAGGGACUUUAACACAUUUCUUACGUCUGUCCAUUCCUUUUAAAUCCAUAGGGGGUAGGGGCAGUGUAUGGGUGCACACUUCGAGGAGAAGGGGGAGAUACAGAAUUGGGCUUUGGUAGAAGUUGCAUUUAGGCACAGAUCUAGGAUCAGCACCCCCUCCCCCAAUCUUAACCCUAACCAUUAGGGAGGGAAUGUAAGACUGACCCUAGAUCAGCGUUUAGGGGCAACUUCCUCCUGUCAGAGCAAGGCAUUCUGGGUACAGUCGAAUACCUGGAACGGAGAGUUUAAUUGGGCGAAGGACCCCAUGGCCUGUGGCUGCUAUAGGCUACCGUUGAACGGAACUCUACUGUGUUGUUUAUACAUGGCUGGGGAAAACUCCAGGCCUCAAAUUUAUUAACCCUAAUAAUAGUUCAUGGCUACUCAGUGUGUCUACAAAGGAUUCCCUGAACUCUAUUGACGCUUGCUAUCUAGACUCCACACAGCACAGUCGAUUUUCAGAUGGUGAUACGCCCUGUCAGAAACAUGGACUGUUCAUAGAAGUACAGUUUUCACCCAUAUAAUGGGACAAAGUUAUUUGUAUUUUGCUUGGAUGAUCUGUAUUGUAGAGCUUAUGUAGUCAGUCAUCUACCUAUUCCAAUCAUGUGUCAAGUGUCUUACGUCUUUUUUUUUUUACAGAAACAGAAAUGUAUAUUUGCCGUCAAGGUUGUUUGUCAGUGUUUUGUAACUCUACAAAUGUACUAUGUAGAUAUUAAAAUUGCCAAAGUGGUAAGGUUUUUUCCCC